GGAGGUUCCCCCUGCUGACUCUCCCAGUUAAACACUCCCUAAAUCGUAAUGAUAUCAUAAACAGUUCGGGGAGUCAUAAUCAACUCUCUCGAGCUUUGCAGAGACGUCUCAUUGGACGUGAACACGCGACCAGCGCGAGGAGGGGGGCUUCCAGACGCGUGCCGCUUUAUAAACCGACGACGCGCCUUGAGACACCAGAGAAGGAGUCCCGCACGCGACCGCCUCACUCACACCGCAGCGUCACAUCCUCAGAAAGUUGUGCUCACGCAGCUGAGGAAGAGGGGUGUUUCUGAAAACAUGGAUGCGUUAACUGGUUGGAGCAAAGGCGCGCGCGAGGUCGCAGCCCUGGAGGCACUGCAGCAGGACUGUGUCAGCCCCAGGGUGGCGGAGAGGGGAGGGAAGCAGCGGUUUGAGGAGCCCCGCUACGAAUCCGGACUGACGCUCGUGGACAGCGGCAGUGACCCACGCGCCUGGCUGGCGGAGGCUUCUGGCACCUGCGCGGCACACGCCACCUCACCCGACUACCUGCGGCACUCGCCGUGCCCCAGCACCGGCUCCUACCACGAGAGUGCGUCCCCGGGGUCCUCGGGACUUCCCAGCCCCCCCAGCCAUAGAAGAUCCGCCAAGAGCUCCUCCUCUGGCUCGCUCAAAGUCAGAGACCUGUGUCGCCUCAAAGGCACCCUCACGGGCCCGGAAGGAGAGGCUCCCAUGAGACACAGAGCCCCGUCCAGCAAACCGGUCAACGGCGUCCAGAGGCAGAGGCGGGUGGCCGCCAACGCGCGCGAGAGGAGGCGCAUGCACGGGCUUAACCACGCGUUUGAUGAACUGCGCAGCGUCAUCCCCGCCUUUGACAACGACAAGAAGCUCUCUAAGUAUGAAACUCUGCAGAUGGCGCAAAUUUACAUCAACGCGCUCGCCGAGCUGCUCCAAGGUCCGGUCUCCGCCAACACCUGCAACAGCGAAAGCUCCAGCAGCAGCAGCGCACUGAAGUGUGACAUCAUGCUCUCGCCUGAUGAUGGGUUUGAGGGGGUGAAGGAGAGGGAUUCCCAGUCUCCAAGCACCUGUAGGACAGCGGCGGGAGUCUCUGUCCACAUCAGCGGGGUCCCGUUCCGGUCGUCCCUCCAGGAGACUCAGUUCUCCGCUGCAGGGGAAGAGGAGACGCGCUCUCCUGCUGCCGCUCAGUUUGGGAAUGGGAGGAAAGCGUCUCCCAGGAGCGACGGGGAGUUUUCCCCGCAUUCCCACUUCAGUGACUCGGAUGAAAUCGCAUUGGAGCUUCACUCAAGUGAAGACGAUGAUCUUUCAGAACUCAAGCUUCCCAGCCACCGUCACCACGCCGUUUCCUUUUAAAACAUAAAGACUUCAAUAAGGUUCACUGCAGCAUAAUUUCCUUAAAUUGUGUCAAUCAUUCCUACAGUUCUGGAAUUUUAGGAAGAUUUUUUUGUUUUCCCAAAAGAAAAAAGUUAAUUCUUCUAAAGCAAUAAUUGUUUCAACUUGGUGCAUCCUAUUUUCUGUGAGAUAAUUCGGUUCAGCCAACAAAUAAUAAUGCUAUAGAGACGUGGGCAGAAGACCCCUCUGCCAUGUCGCGCAUCGCACCGCCACGGGCAUUUCCCACGUCACUCCAACCAAAAAGCUGUCUUCCGCUGAGCGUCACGGAUAACUCUCUGUCACCGUAUUUGAUGAAAGAAAAUUUUUUUGUAGCUGUGGUUUCAGUUUUGUUGUGUUUUAUUUGAUCAUUUCGCUGUGUAAUUAUUUUCAUUUUGUGACUUCUAAAGUUUAUGAUGUGCACUUUACAGUCUUCGGGCCAGAGGCUUCGGAAUUUUUGACCCCAACCCCCGAAAACCCUACGUUUUAUUCUGUUUGAUGUAGUGUAGUACUGCCAACCCCUUAAAAUAGCCUAUAAUGUAGCCAUCAAGCUGCCUUUUUCUGUCUUUUUUAUACAUGUUUUUAUUAGUAUCAUCAUUUGUGCUUUUGUACCCCCCCGGAGAUUAAUAUGAGAUGUAUUUAUUACCGAUUCUUCUGUUUGUUUGUUUGUUUGUUUGUUUGUUUGUUUGUUUUGAACUAGCUGAAGUUGGUGAAAUAAAGAAAGACUUGCCA